AUGAAUUCUUCGGAUUAUUGGGCCCAAUCUUCGUUCCAAGGAUAUGACGACCAGUCGGUGGGGUCUGGUACAUCUGCGCAAUCGUCACAUCAUCAGGUUCAAGUGCAAGAAACGAUUCCACCUGAAGAGCUUGUUGACUCGAUUGUCAAUGCAUCUUCCACAUCUUACCAUGCCGGCGAGGGCGUUCCUGAGCUUCAACUUGAAGGUGAGAGCUUGAUGGCCGAGUCUUCCGGAUACAGAUUUGGUGACCAUAUAGACGGUGAGCUGCUGAGAACGCACAAUCAUCACCACGAUAUCUCGGGCAGUUCUGUUGAUAGUAAUGUGAACAAUCGGAUAAGCACAUUCAACAGUAGUCAUCGUAGCGGGACAAGUCUCCAUCCGGGUGGUGGCUCUUCAACCACUUCAGGCGUGGCAUCUGCUGCUGCAGCCGCUGCAGCAGCUCAACAACUUUCCCCAGAACAAGUCCAACGCGUAUACUACCAAAAGGGAAUGCAAGAACUUGAAUCCCUCCAAUUACUUGACCUCUCACCCUUGGCAAAUUGGAAGCUUUCAUCAUCAAAGCCAGGGUUUGGCCUUCUGCAACUCCGUGAAGACUCUCCAGACUCGUUCUGGCAAUCAGAUGGGAGUAACAAUGGCAAUGGGAAUGGCAGUAACACAAACAAUAACAACGGUAUGAACCAGAAUGGGAAUGGAGAAUUGAACACACCACACCUGAUAACCAUUCAAUUCUCAAAGAAAGUGGCUAUUGAACGGAUCUCUCUAUUCACCAACUUCUCCAUUGACGAGUCCUACACACCAGCCAAGAUUCAGAUUUUAGCUGGUAGUUCUGAUGGUUGGGACUUGAGAGAAGUUUGUCUUGUCAGUUUCAACAAGCCAAUUGGAUGGUCCCAUAUAAUUUUCAAUGGGAUCCGGUCGGAUAGGGUACUCAAAUGUUUCCUCAUCAAACUUGUUGUGUUGUCAAACCAUCAGGAUGGGAAGGAUACACACUUGAGGUCGGUAAAGGUUUUCGGCAAGAAGACUAUGAAACGCCAGGGCACGAUAGGUGGGGCUGGUGCUGGACUUUCAGGGAAUAGAGGGUUACACGACAGCAAUGCUGACUCUGGAGUCCAUGGUCUUGGAGGAUGGAAUGGUGCUGGGGGUAGAGUUCUCCAUGGAGAUAUUCUUCGUGACAUGAGUGCAACCAGUGGAUUGGGCAGUCUUUCGGGGAUCCUGCUUAAUAGCCGGCAAUUACUGCUGCUGAUGAUGCUGCAACUGCUGCAACUAGUUCCCAUUCCACAGGGGGAAGACUCUGCAGCCGAUGGGAUAGAACCUUCGAGUGAGGCUGCUAUAGCAUUAGAAAAUGUAAAUGAGAUUAUUGGAUAUAAUUCUGGGUUCCAGAGCUUGGAAAUGAGCAGUAUUUCGUCUAUAAGGUAG